GCUUUCUCCGCACUCCUUCCAUUUUCAUCUUCAUUACAUCGUGGUAACCGUCAGCGCACGAUGACAUCGAUACGCCCAGCGGACCUUCAGUCCUUCUCGGAGUACUUGAAGGGAUGUAAUCGCAUUCUUGCACUCUUAGGAGCCGGGAUCUCUGCACCCUCUGGCCUUCCGACUUUUCGGGGAGUUGGUGGCCUUUGGCGAUCGCACGAAGCUGAAGAUUUGGCGACACCAGAAGCUUUCGAGGAGAACCCAGACCUAGUAUGGCAAUUCUACAGCUAUCGGAGACAUAUGGCUUUGAAAGCGAAGCCAAACAGGGCACACUAUGCGCUUGCAGAGCUUGCAAGAAGAAACAAGGAUUUUAUCACGCUGAGCCAGAACGUCGAUGGUCUUUCACAGCGCGCAAACCAUCCAUCAAACCAGCUCCACCUGCUUCACGGCUCGCUCUUCAAUGUCAAAUGUACAUCAUUUGAUUGCGACUACUCGCGAGAGGAUUUUACCGAUCCAAUAGUACCGGCAUUGGCAAUUCCUCGAGGCGUCCCAGAGCCCAAACCUUCAGCAACAGAUAAUACAGGAGAACAAGCAACAAAUUCAUUAUACAAUGCACUAGGGAUAAAUGACAAGGAGUCGGAACAGGAAGCAGAUAUUUCUGAUGAACGCGUGCCAUUGGCUCCGCUAAGUCGCAGCGAGCUCCCGCAAUGCCCAAAAUGCAAAGAUGGCCUUCUCCGACCGGGCGUUGUAUGGUUUGGGGAACCUCUCCCAUCCCAAACAAUCCGCGCUGUGGACAAAUGGAUACAUUCCGCACCCAAAAUUGACCUAGUAUUGGUCAUCGGUACAAGCGCCAAGGUCUAUCCAGCUGCAGGGUAUGUAGAUGUGGCUCGAAGAUUCGGUGCCAAAGUUGCGGUGGUCAACAUGGAUCCCAAUGAUGUCCCUCGUGGUGCCGGUAGUCUAGGGUCCAACGGUUGGUUUUUCAAUGGUGAUGCGGGUGUCAUUGUUCCACAGAUUUUGAAAAGCGUCAUUGGCGAUAUUUAAUGAUUCAUUUCAGGGGAGACGAUAUUGCUUUAGAGUAUAAAUAUAAUUUGGACCAUGAUUGCCGUUGGCAGAGCUCUUAAUCCGUUGGGAAUAUAUGUACGGAGCAUGCUGUCUUCUUCUCUGUCCGAUCUACUGGGAGCUAUUUUUUGAGAUACAUGGGAACACUUUGUCAAAUAUAGAUC